AUGCCUUCCUGGCGGCGGCGGCUGCUGAUCGCCAGCUUCCUGGGCAUCUGUUGCUCGACAUGGCCUGUCGCAAGCGCCGCAAACGGCCACCACCAGGUGCCUCUGAGCAAGGCGUGUCCCAACUACGCCUCGUACGCCGCAUAUCCGCAUCGCCCGCUGAGCACCGGCCCCCUCGCUCUUCCCUUCCAGCGACCCGACCCAAGAUGUCGGACCUUUCACUCGGACGAAAUCGAGAGAGUCAUCAAAGAUGUGACGUCGAGGAUGGUAGACCCCGAUCUGGCGCGAUUGUUCGAGAACGCUUUCCCGUCCACGACGGACACGACAGUCAAAUUUCACACCAACGGCAAGGACACAGCCUUUGUUCGGAUGCCAGGCUCGCGCUCGUCUCAAGACGAGGGGGCCUGGCAGGGUCCGCAGUCCUUCAUCAUCACUGGCGACAUCAUAGCUGAAUGGCUGCGUGACUCGACGAACCAGUUGCGGCCCUACCAACCGCUUGCCAAAAAAGACCCGGCCAUUUUCGACCUGCUUCUAGGAGCCAUCAAUACGCAAGCCGAGUAUGUUAUCGAGUCUCCGUACUGCAAUGCCUUCCAGCCGCCCCCCAUCAGCGACCUGCCCAUCAGUUCCAAUGGCCAGGACGAUGUGGUUCACCCGGCGUACGAGCCCAGCGCUGUCUUUGAGUGCAAGUACGAGCUGGACUCACUUGCCCAUUUCUUGGCCCUCGCAAACGACUUUUAUGACCACACCGCCUCGACCGACUUUCUCAAUGAUCGGUGGUUCCUAGCCGUCGACACGCUGCUCGAGGUCUUGGAGCAACAGUCGCAACCCACCUUUGACCCCGAGACGGGGCGGUACCGCAGAAACGACUACACAUUCCAACGGUCGACCAACACGGGGACGGAGACGCUCAACUUGCAAGGCGUCGGCAACCCACUUAACAGUGGCACUGGGCUUGUCCGGUCAGCUUUUCGCCCCAGCGAUGACGCGACCAUUCUUGGCUUCUUCAUCCCCGCCAACGCCAUGAUGUCUGUGGAGCUCGGCCGUACCUCUAGGCUGUUGAAGGCGGCAAACAAGGGGCCUCUCGCCGCAAAGCUUGGCAAGUGGAGCGAGAAACUGCGAGCCGGCGUGAUGGAGCACGGGGUAGUGAAGCACAAAAAGUACGGCGACGUGUUUGCGUACGAGGUUGACGGGUACGGCUCGUCUAUUCUCAUGGACGACGCAAACUAUCCAUCGCUCCUGGCCCUUCCCGUCAUGGGCUUCGUCGAUGUCAAGGAUCCGACGUACCAAAACACGCGGAAAAUGUUACUCGACAAGCUCGGCAACCCUUACUAUCUGAAGGGCAAAGAUUUCAAAGGAAUUGGAGGACCGCACAUUGGGUUGCGAAAUGCGUGGCCGAUGAGCCUGCUGAUCCAGGCACAAACGUCCAACUCGGACGAUGAGAUCAAGGAGUGUCUGAGCUAUGUGCUGAAGUCGGCCAAACUCGGGUUGGUGCACGAGAGUGUCGACGUCAACUACCUAAGUCAGUAUACGCGCAGCUGGUUUGCGUGGGCCAACGGCGUCUUUGCGGUGACGAUACUGGAUCUGGCGAAGCGAAAACCGCACCUCAUUUUUGAACAAGGGGCCGCGCCUUACGAGGUCUAG